UGUCUUCCCGGAACGCGCACAAUGAUUCAAGACGAGAUUGUGGAAUGGGCAUCGUCGGGUACAGAUCAGAACAUUUUUUGGUUGCAUGGUGUCGCGGGUUCCGGCAAAAGUACCGUUAGUAUGACAAUUGCAGAACACUUCCGUGCUAUAUCUCGCCUUGGUGCCCAUCUAUUUUUUCGACGCGGAACUAGUGAGCCUGGCACAGUCGUCCGCACCCUCAGCUAUAAACUCGCAUCAUUUGACUCCUCCAUCGCAAAGCACGUUAUCGAAGCUAUUGAAGAGGAUAACGAUAUUGCUCUGGCCUCAGCAGCGAUGCAGUUCGAAAAACUUUUGGGUGAGCCCCUUAUUCGUGCCGGGGACGCUAUGGGGGGACCUGUCGUUAUUGUUCUCGACGCUUUGGAUGAAUGCGGAACAGCUAGCAGUCGGGCAAACCUGUUAGGACUCUUCCGCAAUAGGCUUCCUACCCUCCCCAAGAAUUUCAGGUUUUUCAUCACGAGCAGACAGGAACUGGACAUUGACCGAAUGUUUUCUGCCAUACCCGAAAGCAUUCGUGCAGUCAAACUGGAACACGACUCUGCAGAUUGCAAGGACGACGUUCGCUUGUAUAUUGACUACGAGCUGUGUAAGAUAUUCGCGAAGAAUGCGGUAAAUGUCACGGAAGAUUGGCAGCUGAAUAUAGCCCGCCUUGGAGAUGCGGCUGAUGGACUGUUCAUUUGGGCAUCUACAGCCGUGAAACUCGUA